UUUCAACAUGGCGGACAGCUUGAGGUUAGCUUAACUUCGUAAAGUGAAACGAGCUUGGCCAGAUUUCCACCUUUAUUUUUAUGAAAUGGAAAAGGGAGAAACUCUCUGCCUCGAUAAGCUUGAAAAAUCAUACAGGGAAGUUGAGAAGCAACUUAAUUUAUGGAAGGAUACCCAGCGUCACUCUAAUGAACUGAUUCAGUCGUUGACAAGUCCAAUGGAGCAACUUCGCUCUUGUGCGAAAACUUCUUUCGAACGUUCUCCUCUGUGCGAUUUUGAGGGGUUAAAGGAAAAACUUGAAUACAAACUUUUGAAGCAAAUGGAGGGGAUCAUGGAAAAGAUUCAAGAUGAUCUGAACAUAUUCAAGGGUGUGUCAGACAAGGUUGCAAAACUUUGUUCAAGCAGUUUGGAAGUUUACGAAGCUCAUUCCAGUUAUCUUUCCAUGUCUGUGGUUUGUGAAGGGACUGGUACUCAGCCUUCAAUUGCAGACCUACUUGAGGGGCUCUGUGACUUGAACAGAAUACACAGUGGAUUAUAUCAUGACAAAAUUGACAUUUUGGGGAGAAUAACAUACACAGCACCAAUGGAAACUGUGUACAAGGCAGUCAGGGAAUGGACAUCCACACAGGACAGGAAUGAUUACAAGAUAAGAGAUAUCAUGGAGCCGGUGGCAGUAUUCCUUGCAAGUAGAAGUGGAAGCUAAAGAGUUGAGACAUCAAGGCCAACCUCACAUGUUGUGAGAGCGACUGUCUUUUGGGGAACGAUAUUCGCAUGAAACUGUACACGACACUGUACAACCAGACGUCAAAAAGUGUUACAAAUAGCGAUGUGUAACGAGCAACUCUCUUCGAGGAAUAAUCAAAAAAUAUUCAUUCUUCACUUACGUUCCAUUGCGUUUCUUUGGAACUUGUUACGGCAAUGAGCAGCACACGUCUUUUCGCGAACCGCUGAUAGUCAUCACGUUUACUAAAUAUAUGCAUAGAGGCCCAUGUGAAAAGCACAUUGGAAUUCUCUGUGAAAGACAAUACAAAAAAAUUAUUUUCAAACCAGCAAGUACAUUGCAAAUAGUUCAAACGCUGCAAUUCGACCGUAAUUCCAGGAAGGAUGCUAUCGUGCUAAAAGUUUUCAAAAAAUGCUCAUGUAACAACUAUCUUAUCAAUUGACAUUAAAACCUUUGUUUUGAGGUGGAGGUGA